AGCAUAAACUAGGUUAUACUUUACAUAAGCCAUGUUUUGCCAUUUUACAAACUGAUGCUGACACACUGAAGCUGAACCUUUUCACUCACAGAAUGCUUUCUGUUAUUGUAUUUGGUAACUUGACCAAAGAAACGGCUGCUCGUUUCCAACCAUGCACCCUGUGAUAGGAAAGACGCUCAUGCUAAAUUUAGGCCAAAGGAGCACUUGUGUCCAGACAGUAGUGAGCGAUGUUAUUGGACAGCUGUUCUGUCACUCAAUGUAUCGGGAAGGCGGAGGAGCUUUGAUAGUUUACAUUGGAGAGCGUGCCCUGUGCCAUAUUUAACUGUUGAGGGUCGAGGGUCGAAGGAGGCCAAGCCAGACAUGCCAGAGAUGGUGUCCAUCAGGUUAUGUGGUGCUGCAGUCAGUGGGAGAGCCCGAGGCCCCGGAUCCAACUGAAGACUGACGACCAAGUCGGUGGAUUCAUCGGCGCAGAACAGAGAUUUCACCCAGUUUUUAUGUCCAUUCAAGGACAUCGAUGCGGUCCUGAAGAUCGGCCAGGCAAGCGGGCGGCCUCAUGGCUCCUCAGAAACGAGUUGUGCUUCACCACGGGGGACGUGUUAGUUGACAAGAUUUGACUGGACAUAGCCAUGGGGGACUGGAACUUACUGGGGAAGCUUCUAGAAAAGGCCCAGGAACACUCCACGGUGGUGGGGAAGGUGUGGCUCACUGUCCUCUUCAUCUUCCGCAUCCUGGUCCUGAGCGCCGCCACUGAGAAGGUGUGGGGCGACGAGCACUCAGGCUUCAUCUGCGACACCAAGCAGCCUGGUUGCGAGAACGUGUGCUACGACAUCACAUUUCCAAUUUCCCAUGUUCGCUUUUGGGUGCUGCAGAUUAUCUUUGUGUCCACGCCCACAUUAAUCUACCUGGGACACAUCCUCCACCUUGUACGGAUGGAAGAGAAGCAGAAGGAGAAGGAAAACGUGCAGCAUUUUGAAAAGCAGACCCUCAUCGUGGACGUCAAGCAAAAGAAGCCAUUGGUGAGGAAUGAUAAGGGCCACGUGCGCCUGCAGGGGGAGCUCCUGCGCACCUAUGUCUUUAAUGUGAUCUUUAAAACCCUGUUCGAGGUUGGUUUCAUAGUGGCUCAGUACCUCUUGUACGGCUUUGAGCUGAAGCCCAUGUACACGUGCGACCGCCCCCCCUGCCCAAAUGUUGUAAACUGCUACAUAUCACGUCCCACUGAGAAAACCAUCUUUAUCAUCUUCAUGCUAGGCGUGGCUAGCGUGUCUCUGUUUCUUAACCUCAUUGAGAUGUAUCACCUGGGCUUCACCAAAUGCCGCCAGGGGAUCACCUACAGGAGAUCUCACCAUUCCUCUGGUAGGGGCUCCAAGGAACCCAGCGAGGCAGCAGUGCCAUUUGUGCCUAGCUACGACGACUUCUUCCCCGUGCACCACCAAGUCCAGCCUGGCUACCCAUCCGUAACCGGUUACAACAUGUCCCCUCUGUCUGAGGGUACCGACUCAUCCUUCCACCCAUACCACAGCAAGGCCGCUUACAAGCAGAACAAGGAUAACUUGGCGGUGGAGAGGAGUAGCGGCAAGCCAGAGGAAUGUGAACUGAAAGGAAAGAAAGGAGCAGAAUCAGUCCCUGGGUCACCUACACAGGGCAGGCCGGGUCGCAGUGCCAAACACAGCAGCAGCAAGACGAGAGUAGACGAUCUGAAGAUAUGAGGUGGUUCACGUUUCUCAGAGAGGUCUUAAAUUGCUACCUGUUUGGAAAUAUUAGUACAUGUGCAAGUGACUCUUAUUACUGAGACGCCACAGGUUUGUCUCAUUCCAGCUUUGCAGAGAGGGCAGAGAAACUGAAAUUACAGUGUGAAUUAUAAGGACUGAUAAUGCCCACAAUUGUUUGUUUAAAAUGGUUUUCUCUAUUGAACUUGAACGAACUAGAUACAGGAAAAAGACCCAUAACAAUA